AUGGGACUUUCCAAAGACGAUCACCUCUUCCUCAUCAAAAGGAAGGUCCCGGGCGGGGCCGCAACGUGGGUGAGGACCGGAACCCGCAUCCUUCUGGAAUCUGGGAGGGAGGCCCUGAGCUGGGGCCGGCCAGGACGGCGCUUACUGGCGUCCGGCGUCUGCCGCGCGGAGCUUGCCCCUGGCUGCGCGCCUGCCUGCCUGGCGUUUCCCAGCAACGGCUACAGCCGCCCAAAACGUUCCGAACCCAGCGGCCCGGGUGAUGUCAUCGUCACCUUGGAGACAGCAGAUGGGAACACGCCCCCUCCAGGCACGGGGCGGGGUCUGGGCACCCACGCCACGCUUCAAAGCCCCGCCCCCUCUCGGGCAGGAAGGGAGGCGGUGCUUCGGGCUCGGCGGCAGGUGGGACGGGAGGUGUGCAGGCCCCUGGGCGAGGCCUCAACGAGUAGCUGCUGCUUUUCUUGGUGCGCGCUGCCACCGGUGUGCUCACCACCCACCCAACCAACCUCUCCGGUCUCCCCCGUAGACCGCCCCCUUUAG